AUGAGUAUAAGGAGUGAAGAAGUUGGAAGAAAAGAGUGGGUAAAACGAAUUACAGGAGAAACUGAGGCAGAGUUUCGAAUUAAUAAAGAAAAUUGGAUAUACCAAAAACCAUCACUUUAUAGCUCUCCUGAAAUGGUUAUUGUGAAUAAAAUAACCAAAGAAGAAUUUUCAUGUGGUUGUCUUGAAAUGGUUCCACUCAAAGAUUUGAGAAAGUACCAACACCAAUCUACUCAAGGUAUCACCUUUGAAAUUAUAUUGAGAGAAGAUGAUGAGUCAAUUGAUCAAGUAAAUGUUGCAACAAUGCAAGCAAUGAAAGAAUACAAUAAUUCUGUAUUUCUUGUUGCUUCAAAUUUUAAUGCAGUAGAAAGUGUAAGUGAAACAAUAGCACCUAAUGACCCUAAUUUUACUACGAAUUAUAUUUAUGAUGGAACUCAAGGACCAAUAGCAUCUCUUGGGGCACCUGCAGCUGCAUUACAAAGAACUAUUUUUCCAUUUUAUAAUAAAACUACAAAACCAAAAGAAUGGGAACAAAACCAAAAAAAACAAAUAGAAAUAUUAGGAGAAUUAAAUUCAAUUUUUCAUGUUAUUAAUGGAUAUCCAAUUCUUGAAAAUGAUGUAAAAGAACCAAGUGAAAAAGAUGAAGAAAAAUACCUUUCAGUCUUUCAUUCAAAUGUAGAAAUUUCAUAUAUUUAUGGAAGGAAUGAAUUUAUACUUAUUCCAAAACAAAUGAGAAAUAGAAUUGAUCAAGUAUUUGCUGCUGCAGUUAAUAUUGGGCAAGGAUAUAGUGGAUGUAAUAAUCAUAAAUUAGUUAAUGGAAAACCCAAAGUAUUAUCAUAUGCUCUUGAUUGUGGAUAUGAAACAUGUUACUUAGUUGCAAUUAAGAAUCAUAGAACAACAAUUGUAUUAACAUUAUUAGGAGGAGGAGUUUUUGGUAAUUCAUAUACAGAUAUUUGUAAAUCAAUUAUAAAAAUUCAUAAACGAUAUUGUUUAGGUAAUAAUGGUGAAUUACGUAGAGUAGUUCUUCCUUUAUUUUCAAAAGGAGGAAAGGGAAUUAUUGAAGUUCUUAUUCCUUUAUUACAACAAGAAAAGAUUUUAUUUAAAAUUCAUUAUUAUCAAAAUAAUCAAUUAGUCAAAACCGUUUAUUGA